AUGAGCUGGCGAGCGCAGAUUUCUCGCAGCAUUCGGGAGCUUCGCUUUGUAGCAUGUGACACGUCACAAAGUAGCGCAGGUUUACGCACAUUCUUUCGCAAGAACUACAGCGAACUCAAGAUGUUAAAUCCGGGAACGCCCUUUGUUUAUCGCGAGGCAGAUGAGAUGGAGCCCUUUGUGUACGCACGAUUUGACUGGGGCGUGGAGAAGAAAGUCUUGGUAGCCGACAAGAGUGACGAGGAGAUUCUCACUAUUCUAAAGGGCCUUGUGGACCACGGUCUCACGCUUCCGAAAUCUCCGGAAAGCGACAUUAUUAUGGCUGCCCCCAUAAUCGAGGCUGCAAAGGGUGAAAGCGCCUACGAGCCAAUUAAUCUAACUUGGGAUGGGAAGACAUUGCGCCGUAAUCCAGACUUCGAUAUUCCGCUGGAGGAAGCGCUGAAAUGUUGA